CACACUCCCUCCUCCGCUCUGAACCCUGCUCCCUGCUCGCUCUCGCCUCUGCCGCUGGAUUUAGGUCGAGUUUUGGGUCUGGCCUCGGGUCCUGGUUUAGUUCUCGGUUCUUGGAUCUCGGGGGGAUCUUUCUGCAGACAUGGGGCAGAUCAUCAGCUGGUUUCGAGGUUCUAAUCCGCGAGAGGAACCAGGUCUGCGAGAUGUGUCCGUGGAGGAAUCUCAGUCGGGGGCCACACCUAAACCUGCAACUCCACUCACUCACUACGAGCAGAAUCCUUCGGCUGGAUCCAACAUGGCGUCCAAGCCCACAGCGGCAGGAAGUGCCUCCGCGGCUGCAGGAAGUGCCUCCGCGGCCGCAGGAAGUGCCUCAAAGCCUGACGCUGCUGUUCCUGACGUGACCCUGUUUUCUCCCAAAGGCUGGUCCAAGAGCGGAGCUUCUGCUCAGACCAAAAUCUCCACCACAUCUGAAGUCAAAGUCCCCACAAAGACGACGACGACGGCAGCGUCCGCGAGCGUGAAAGAACCUGCCAAAACAACUAAGCCCAGUACUACUACUACUACUGCGACCGCGACUGGUACUAGUACUGGAACUAGUACUGGAACUAAACCGACAACCACUGCGACUCCACCUAGUACUACAACUACUACCACUACUACGACUACUGCGUCCAAAACCCCAACGACCAAAGCCGACAAGACCAAGGUUCAGGUGGAGGUUCCUUCAAAAGCUAAAGAAACAAAACAGGUGUCUCCUCCUCUUGAUCCCUUCGAUGCUCUCGCUUCUUCUCUCCCGUCUGAAGCUCCCAAACGUCCAGAACCCAAGUACAGCGGUCCAGAGGUCAACGAGGGCACAGUGACAUCAGAGGAGGGAGUGAGGGUUGGAGAAAGAGACGACACUCUGCCCCCGGGAUACAGACUCCAGGACAUGGCUUCGGUUCCUGCUGACGCCAAACCUGCCGACGUCCCGAAGCCGCUGAGCACAGACGACGCUCUCGACGUUCUGUCUGAAGGUUUCCUCUCAGAACCUGCUCCGAAAGUGGAGACGAUCGGCGCCGCGUCUCGAGCUCAGAGCAGCUUCGCCGCCGCGCCCCAACCGCCCAAGAAGUCCGAGUGUGCGGCGCCCCCUGCUGAUAAAAAGGCCAAACUGGACUCGGCGUCGGACAGUUUUUCUCUGAGCGCCGCCGUUUCCUCCUCUGAAUCGUCGGUUGUUGCUCCUAAAACGUCCAAACCUCAGACGACGACCGUGAAAGCCCCGUCUAUGGACGCAGAAGCUCUUGGAGCUCUUGAAGACCUCCUUCCUACAGCAGAACCUCCCAAACCCGAGGCUCCUCUCAGACCAGACCAGCUCGUGAAGGAGGCCACAGUGGAGGAGGAGGAGGGGGUGAGAGUUGGAGAGCGAGACGACACCCUCCCUCCAGAUUACAGACCGAGACCAGAGGACAAAAACCUGCCCCCUCCCCCACCCGAGCCUUCUGUGACUACACCAGAUGCCCUGGACUUCCUCUUAGACGACUUCGGUUCUUCCUCUGCACCAACCACAAAGAGCACUGCCCCUGCUCCUGCACAGAAACCCGUCUCUGCUCCUUUGGAUAAAAAACCUCGGAUGGAGCCAGAUGAUUUUUCUCUCGAGGCUGGACUCACCCCGUCCUGCGUGCAGAAGGUCCAGUCGUCUGCUGCUCCUCCACUCAAGAAAUCUGAAACCAAACCCACCAAAGCAGAAGCAAAACCUAAAGACGUCACAGACUCCAGACCUGCUCUGGAGAAGGGCGGGUCCAUGUCCUUGGAUGCUCUCAGCGCUCUUGAAGACCUCCUUCCUUCAGCAGAACCUCCCAAACCUGAGGCUCCUCCCAGACCAGACCAGCUCGUGAAGGAGGCCACAGUGGAGGAGGAGGAGGGGGUGAGAGUUGGAGAGCGAGAGGACACCCUCCCUCCAGAUUACAGACCGAGACCAGAGGACAAAAACCUGCCCCCUCCCCCACCCGAGGUACGACUCCGAUCUGACCCCAGACCAGAAGGUUUCGGGUUCAGGUCCUCCUCUCCACACUUUUUCACGUUUUCAGGUCGACAGAAUCGUGAAGGUGUCGGUUCCUGCACCGAAUCUCGAACCGGCGAAAAUCCGAGCUCGUCGUGUUUCGUGUCGUGUCGUGGUUUCGUGGUUUCGUGUCGUGUCGUUCGUGGUGUUCGUGGUCGUCGGUGGUUUUCGUGUCGUCGUGGUUUCGUGUCGUCGUGGUUUCGUGGUUUCGUGGUUUCGUGUCGUGGUUUCGUGUCGUCGUGUUGUCGUGGUUUCGUGUCGUCGUGGUCGUGGUUUCGUGUCGUCGUGGUUUCGUGUCGUCGUGGUUUCGUGUCGUCGUGGUUUCGUGUGUUUCGUGUUCGUUUCGUGGUUUUCGUGGUUUUCGUGGUCGUUCGUGGUUUCGUGUCGUCGUGUUUUCGUGGUUUUGUGUCGUCGUGGUUUCGUGUCGUUCGUGGUUUCGUGUCGUGUCGUGUGGUUCGUGUCGUUCGUCGUCGUUUCGUCGUCGUGUCGUGGUUUUCGUGUCGUCGUGGUUUCGUGUCGUCGUGUUUCGUGUUCGUCGUCGUCGUGGUUUCGUGUCUCGUCGUGAAGGUCCAGUCGUCUGCUGCUCCUCCACUCAAGAAAUCUGAAACCAAACCCACCAAAGCAGAAGCAAAACCUAAAGACGUCACAGACUCCAGACCUGCUCUGGAGAAGGGCGGGUCCAUGUCCUUGGAUGCUCUCAGCGCUCUUGAAGACCUCCUUCCUUCAGCAGAACCUCCCAAACCUGAGGCUCCUCCCAGACCAGACCAGCUCGUGAAGGAGGCCACAGUGGAGGAGGAGGAGGGGGUGAGAGUUGGAGAGCGAGAGGACACCCUCCCUCCAGAUUACAGACCGAGACCAGAGGACAAAAACCUGCCCCCUCCCCCACCCGAGCCUUCUGUGACUACACCAGAUGCCCUGGACUUCCUCUUAGACGACUUCGGUUCUUCCUCUGCACCAACCACAAAGAGCACUGCCCCUGCUCCUGCACAGGCUGGUGCAGAUGAAGCUCUGGAUCUUCUCUCUGGAGACUUCCUCUCUUCCUCCGCUGCCCCGACAGUGCAGACGUCCUACUGCCCCCCACAGGCCUCGUUGGAGGCAGGUGCAGAUUCUGCUCUUGAUGCUUUGUCAGAUUCACUCAAAGACAUCGCCCCCACCCCCCAACCAGAGCCCCCCAUGCCCACCAGCGUCGUCAAGGAGCGAGAGAUCGAGGAAGAACGACUCAUUAAAAUGGGAGAGAGAGACGACACCCUCCCCCCAGAAUACAGACAGAAAAUGGAGGAGGAGAAAAACAAAGUCCCAGAGUCUCCUCGAGAGACGAUGGACGACACCACGGCUCUGGACCUUCUGGCCGGAGACUUCUCCUCUACUCCUGCACCCGCCGCACCCGCCGCACCCGCCGCACCCGCCGCACCUGUCAGCUCCUCGGCCUCUGCACCUGUCUGCUCCGCCCCCAAAGAGGCAAAUAAGCCGAUGUCGAGUAAAACUCUGGAGUCUCUGUCAGACACACUCGUGUCCGACCUGAAGAAGAACGACAAACCCAAGGUACAAACACAACUACACCUGAUGCCCUCCCACGUCACAACAACACAACUACACCUGAUGCCCUCCCACGUCACAAUUAGAGCCCGACCGAUAUGGAUUUUGUUGUGGACGAUAUGAAACCGAUGUAAUGAGAGUUGGAGCUGCCGAUAUAAUCGCCGAUAUAUUUAGUGAUGUAAAAAUUCACUGUAAAUGUUGAAUUGUUUAAAAAACUUGGGUUUGUCUCUGGUGGAUUUUAAAUUAGGUUUAUUUAGGAAACAUUUAUUGUUCUUCUGACUCUUUACGUCACAUUUACAGACAGUCGAUCACAUUCUAGCUGCUAGUGAUGAGUUGCAGGACUAAAGCAGGUCUAAACCAGGACUGAACCAGGACUGAGUGUCGGGACUCGGUCUCCGUCUCUCGACCCCAAAAUUAGUCCUGGUUUAUUCAUUUUAUGCUGAACUACAGACAAACAUGCAGGUUUUUUCUCUCCUAUGCACACGCAGAUUUCUGAAAGUUUCAUUUUCAGCCGCUGUCAAACUCCCACGAGUCUGAACGCGACGUGAAGAGAAAAAAAGUGAGAGAAAGAGAAAACACGGCUCCCAAUAAGGAUCAGGCUCCCGUCGUUCUCUUCAAAGAGCCGGAUCUAAGAGCCGCUUCGUUCACGACCGACUCAUCACGAGUAAAUAAACAAUCACUAUUAGUCUUUAGCCGUAAAUGCUGCGCCGCGAUAAUUAAUGAUAUGUGUAAAUGUGGAUCAUUCACACGUCUGUUCACACUCAUUUACAUCAAUGCAGCUGCAGAAACAAAUAUACAAACAAUAUAAUCACUUUACAACAGAUCAAUAGAAAACAGACUGUUUAUGUGAGACACAACAGAUCAUCAAUAACAAAUGACCAAAACAGCUUCAGAGUCGAAAUAUUUCAACACUCAGACUCACACAGGCUCCUCCCACAUCACACAGGCUCCUCCCACACACACAGGCACCUCCCACAUCACACAGGCUCCUCCCACAUCACAAGUCUGAACUAAUAAAUGUCCUUUUAAUCCAGACUCAAACCGAUUGUUCAUAAAAAGAAAAUAAUGUCAGUGUUGCACAUGGAUCUGUGUGUGUGAGUGUAAACAAACACACGUGACUCUGUGGUGUGUUCAGGGACAGUACGACACACACAGACAAAUGACUCCACAGAUAAAUACUGAUGUGGAGUCACAUAUUUGGACAUUUAUCUGUCUGUAAAUUGGAUUAAAUGAACAGAAUGUAGAGAGUCUAAGAUUUAUAACGACGUAUCACAUGACCACGGGAAAUAUCGGCUCCUAUCAACAAACAUAUCGGCUGAUGUGUCUCCAGGUGCCCAUAUCGGCCAAUAAUAUCGGCCAACUGAUAUAUCGGUCGGGCUCUGGUCAUAAUAACACAACACAACACCUGAUGCCCUCCCACGUCACACUUCCCAUGAACUUUCACUUUAAUUUGCGACUUUAAACGCUGGAAUAAUCAGAAGAAGAAGAGGAGUGGGCUGCUGUAGCGCCCCCUGGUGUAGAGGCCAGACUGAACCCUGACUCUGUUCCAGGCCAAGUCCAAGUCCAGGUCCCGGUCUAAAAAGUCUCAGGCAGAGGGCGCUGUGGACCUGCCCUCCUCUCAGCUCAGCUCUGAUGUAGUGCCCAAGACCACCAAGAAGAGCUAGGUCGUUGGCGUUGGCGUUGGCGUUGGCGUUGGCGGCGUUGGCGUUGGCGUUGGCGUUGCCGUUGCUGCCGCUGCCGCCGGAGUCUGCGGAGCGUUGGUUUUUCUGGAUGAAUCAGAUCAAAUGUAUUUUUCUAAACUUUGAAUGUUUGAGUUCAGUUCGAGUUCGGAUGUAGAUAUGAAUUUAUGACGUUUUAAUGUUUUGCACAAAUCUCUCGUGCGUUUGGGGUCGAAAAGACGAGAAAAAAAAAAAGAGGAGGGAGAAAGAGGGAAAUAUUAUGUAAAAAAGACGAGAUGAGUUUAAGACGGAGGAGGGAGAACGACUGCAAAAAACGAAUGUCUCGUUCAGUUAAAAAUGACUCAAAUUGUAAAAUAAAUCACGACUGUUUACGGUGAAAGGUUUUUCAAUAAAUUACAAAUCAAUUUAAAUAUUUUACGAAGGAAAUUUUGUUGCUCUGAUGCCAAAAAAAAUAAGAAAUAAAAA